CUCAGCGGCAGCAGGUUUUUGAGAGCAGCAGCCCAAAGGAGGAGGAGGAGGAGGAAGAAAGGAGAAGGAGGAGGAGGAAAAGAAGGAAUCAGAGCGAGAGGAACCGUGUGGCUGCAGUCAGGAGGGACACAAGCACAGAGAGACAGGAAAAGGAGGAAACACUGACAAGAGAAGGCUUCUUCCCCCCCCUCACCUCACUGACCCAUGAAAGAGGCCAUGCCGGUCCUCACAGCAGGAGCAGGGCUGCAUGAGACGCUGGCCCUGCUGACCUCUCAGCUGCGGCCAGAUGCCAAUCACAAAGAGGACAUGGUCUUCCUCAAAGACGUCUUCAGUGAGAGGAGCCUGGGAUACCUCAUGAAGAUCCACGAGAAAUUGAGACAGUAUGAGAGACAGAGUCCAACUCCCGUCCUUCACAGUGCCUCUUCUCUGGCAGACGAUGUGGCCGAGGAGCUGCAGGGUGGACCAAUGAGCUCAGAGGAGAAGGAGCUGCUGCACCUGCUGACGUCACCACAUCUCAAGGCCGUUCUGUCCGUGCACGACACUGUGGCUCAGAAGAACUUUGACCCCGUGCUGCCGCCUCUGCCAGACGACUUAGAGGAUGAGCUGGAGGAAGAGUCAGUGAAGAUCGUCCGACUGGUGAAGAACAAGGAGCCUCUGGGAGCCACCAUCAGGCGGGAUGAAGCUACCGGUGCUGUGAUUGUGGCUCGGAUCAUGAGAGGAGGUGCAGCUGAUCGCAGUGGUUUGGUCCAUGUAGGAGAUGAACUCAGAGAAGUCAACGGAGUCUCCGUGAUCCACAAGAGACCUGAUGAGAUCAGUCAGCUGCUGUCCCAGUCCCAGGGCUCCAUCACUCUGAAAAUAAUCCCUGCCAUUAAAGAAGAGGACCGCCUGAAGGAGAGCAAGGUGUACAUGAGAGCUUUGUUUGACUACAUCCCGCUGGAAGAUAAAGCGACACCUUGCCAAGAAGCAGGACUCCCCUUCAAACGGGGAGACAUCCUGCAGGUGGUAACCCAGGACGACCACACGUGGUGGCAGGCCAAGCGUGUAGGCGACAGCAACCUGCGAGCCGGACUCGUGCCCUCCAAACUGUUCCAGGAGAGGCGACUGGCUUACAGGAUGAAAAUGGGCACGCUCCCGAAUCCUAAAUCGCCUAAAAAGCCUGUCUCUGACCAAGGAUGUGAUAAAGAGGACUGUGACUGUGAGGGCUAUUUCAAUGGACAGUACAUAGUCUCUCCUAAGUGUAAAGCAGUGGCGCCCUCCUGUGGCCAGGUGUUUUCCUGGGAAUUUUAUUCAGCUGGUUUACGAAGAAGUUUCCGGAUGAGUCGGAAGGACAGGCAAGGAUCCUCUGGGGAGGGCUCUGAUCCUGGAGACCCGGACUUUCAGACAUAUGAAGAGGUGACCCGAUACCAGCAGAGGCCCAAUGAGAGGCCUCGACUUGUGGUUCUCAUCGGUUCUCUUGGAGCACGAAUAAAUGAGCUCAAACAGCGGGUGAUCGCUGAAAAUCCUCAUCGUUUUGCAGUGGCUGUACCGCAUACCACCAGGCCUAAGAAGCCUCAUGAGAAGGAGGCUGUGGAGUACCAUUUUGUCACUAAACAGCAAUUUGAUGCAGACGCUUUAAACAACAAGUUUAUUGAGCAUGGGGAAUACAAGGAGAACCAGUAUGGCACAAGUAUAGAGGCUAUCCGCUCUGUGCAGGCCAAGAACAAGAUGUGUGUAGUGGACGUUCAGCCUGAGGCCCUGAAGAGGCUGCGGACAGCGGAGUUCAAACCCUACGUCAUCUUUGUCAAACCUCGUGUUCCUGAGAGCAGACGUCGGCGCAGUGCUGCCACUUCUCCAGGAGGGGGCGAUCAUGGCCGCAUUACAGAUGAAGAUCUGCAGGAGAUGCGACAGUCUGCCAUUCAGAUCGAUCAGCAGUAUGGACACCUGGUGGACCGGGUCCUAAUCAAAGAGGAUUCUGCCAGUGCCUGUGCAGAACUAAGGGGGAUCUUGGAAAGGCUGGAACGAGAGUCUUUCUGGGUUCCUGUCAGCUGGGUGCGGACCUAAAGUCACAUCCCCUCCUGCAAGAACUUCACAGCCAACCCACCCUGAUCCUGCACCUGUCCAGAGCUCUCCUCCUCCUCCUCCCCAAAGGCUUAGAGGGGCAGCCUGGGAGUCUGCUGAGCUCUCUCUGUGUGAAUGAUGCAGGGCUGCUCAGACAGCGAUAAAGGGAGGCACCAAAGGGAGAGGAUGAUGUCAUAGAGGACAUCACCGUCUGGGGUGUUGGAGCGGAUCGAUCACCACCAUUUUAAGCACCCAAAAAUCCCAAGUUUUUUUUCUCACUUUCAAGAGUUUUAACAAUCCGGGUCUGGUUAAAUUUAUUCAUUGACUUUAAAGACAAGAGACUGAUGAAGGUUGGUGUUAAGAAAAUGAUUUAUUCCUUAUGCUGUCACUCUUUUUAGAUGAGUGUGUCAGGUUUGGUUACCCACUCAAAGGACUUCUCAGUCAAUCAGCUUUAUUGUGACUCUUUUUGGAGUACCUUCAGUAGCAUGUUUUACUUAACUUAAUGCCAAUCUCAGAAUGCUUCCUGUUCCUGCUCAUGCAUCCUGUACAGCGUAAGACCAUCAACCACUCUCCAGAACAGGACUAGUUGAUAAAUACAGUAACAUGAAUGCAUUUGAAACAAUUCUUUUUUUUUUUUUUUGCUUAACAUCUGCCAGAAACACAACGGAAUGUGAGAACUUUAUUUUCUACAGAACUGUUUGUUUUUAGGAAACGCAUGAUUAUUAAUCUCAGAUUGUAAAUAUUGUAAAUGUUUACUUCUCUUGUGCCAACGAAUGAUCUCGUAGCACUUCAAUGCCUGUUUACCGGUAAUUCCCAGGAACCCACUUUCUGUUUGUGUGUAAAACAAUAAUUUGCACAAAGUAUGUGUGAAUGUAUGUCACUGUGUAUAUUCAUACACCACCCGAAGAGUCCCAUUCUACGUACAGGAUUAGGUUUUUAUGACAGUGUCCUUUCAUAUAUCUGUAAUUUUGACAGCAGAAGACGGCGAGGGUACUGGAUGUCUCUUUUCUUUGAUAAUCAGAGCUUCACUUCAUUGAUGUUUUGUAAAACCAGAAACACAAAGUUAAGAUGGUACAAGUGAUUAUUAUUAAUGGGUCCCAUACUAUAGUUUAAACAAUUAGUCAAUAAGUCAUUCUACAGGAAGUUAACAGUCAACUUCAUCAGAAGUUUUGAUAUUUGAUCAUUUCAUUUAUUCAGACAGCAAACAAACCAACAUUCCCUUGUUUGAGCUGCUCAGCUGGGACUUUUUUCCAUCUUGUCUUUAGUGUGGUGAAACUGAAGGCUGGUUUAAAGUCAAACUAACAAGAAGACGUCACAAUGUUUAGAGCUCAUGGGAAGAGUUUUUAACUGGUUAUGAAACAUUUCAUUUAAUACUCUAUGAACCACAGAAGCAAACCAUAAGGGACAAGAAUGAUUAUUUGUACACAUCAUUUUUAAUGCCUGAAACGGCUGCCACUGAGUAGGUAGUCAGAUUCAAUUAUGGAUUGCAUGCUGCAGAAACUAUGACUAUAUUUUUACAUUUUCCACAGCAAAGAUUCUCAGAGUGAGUGAUAUAUUUGACUGGUUCACGAAAGCAUGAUGAGAAUUUAUGUUAAAAACAUUACAAACACUUGUAAAGGACAAAAUCAGUAAAGAGAUCAUUCAAUCUAUCAAGCAACCUUAAUUUGUAGAGAACAAAUAACAUUGCAAAGUUACAGUGGCAAGGAAAAACUUUAGUGUAACAGGCAGAAACCUUGAGCAGAAUCAGACUUCUGCUGAAACUGUGUUGAGAUAAAAAUCACUGCUUUGUCCAGAGGGCUCGCCAAAGCCAACCCAAAGUGAAAGUUCCUCAUAAGAGCUUUAAGAUUGUUUUAAAUACCUUUGGAGACUAUAUAUAUAUAUAUUUCUGAUUUCACUUCAGGAUGGUGUCACCACUUUAUCAUAAAGGUACAUUGAGUUGCUGUUCAUCUUAAUUAAUUUCUUUUCUCCUCCUGGUUGUGAAAACAUCCCUCUGUGAAUCAUUUUUACUGAAAGUGAUGAGGAAAUAAUCUCCCUUACCCCCUCCCCUGUGUAAAGAUUGAUCCCAGGCCACACUAUGAAGUAGCAGGGCCGUGAAGUGUUCCAAAGUGUUUUUUGUUUUUUUUGUUACUGUUCCUACAUCACAGCCACGAAUACUUCAUCUUCCAACGUUUGUCCUUAUUCCUUUAAAGAUAAUAUUCAUACUAAGCUGUUUACAUAAAAAGGAGAAGAAAUAUGUCACUAAUAUUCCAAUAUACAUGAGGCCAUAUAUAUUCAUAUUAAAGAAAACCUAACAAAACACUCACUAGUUGAUUUGUUGAUAUCUCAAAGAGCUGAUAAAUGCUGAUUUGGAAUAAAUCCCUAAUGUGGUGAUUUGAAAUGUUUUAUGCUGGUAACAUGACCUGUAUCAAAUCUGGAAUAACUCGGUAUUCUUGAUAACAUGGGGGAUUCAUGUGCAAGUAAAAUGUAUUGACUGCAUCCUAUAUGUUCAAACUAAACAUUUACAUCUGUUCUUAGGGAAAGCAAAAAACAUUUGCCAGCAUAUAAGACAUAAAGAUCCAUCAACUGACAGAACAGAAUCGUACUGAAAUCUCUUAAGGAAGGGAUAUUUUCCCAGCCAGUAAGAAGGAGAGAGAUUCUUCCACCCAACCAGGAGCUCCUUUAAGAUAUUGAUGUUGAUUUAGGUAUCUAAUUACAUCAGAGAAACCAGUGAGGACUUACAGGCUUUAGUCGUAGGUUGAUCUACAGUUUAUGGAAAAUAUCAUUCCUGCUCUGGCAUGUUCUAAAGAAAGAGAGAGAGAGGGUGUGAUGAAAUCAUCUUUUUUUUUAACACAAAGUUUCUGCUUCAUGUGUCAUUUGAACAAAAAGAAACCCUGAAUGUUGAGUUUGUAAAGUGACAUGUACAAAGUGCCAUAAUAAAGCUAGCUGAAUCAAA